AUGGCGCGAUUAAUUUACCACCGCGCAAAAGAGCUACUAGUCUGGAAAAAUCGACUAGACUUUGGAAAAAGGCCAAAAGCCCAACUGAACUCUGAAUCUGAGCUCAGUGAUAUUGAGGAGGAGUUCCCUGAGUCCUGUAUGGAGGAUUCAGAGGAUAUUUCUGAUCCUGAUUAUGAAAUUACUGAUGAAGAGGAUGCUAAUCCCGUUCAGGAUACACGUCCUGUUAAACCUACCAAGAUUGAGGUAGAUUAUGCGGAGUCAGUUACACCAAUAGGAUCUUAA